AUGGCCGAGUUCGUACGCGCCCAAAUCUUUGGCACCACAUUCGAGAUCACCUCCAGAUACUCCGAUCUCCAGCCUGUUGGCAUGGGAGCUUUUGGCCUCGUUUGCUCUGCCCGGGAUCAACUUACCAACCAAAAUGUCGCAGUCAAGAAGAUCAUGAAGCCUUUCAGCACACCUGUGCUCGCAAAGCGCACAUACCGUGAACUCAAGCUGCUCAAGCACCUCAAGCACGAAAAUGUCAUUUCUCUCAGCGACAUCUUUAUUUCUCCUCUGGAAGAUAUCUAUUUUGUCACAGAGCUCCUCGGCACCGAUCUUCACCGAUUAUUGACAUCGCGCCCUCUUGAGAAGCAGUUCAUCCAGUACUUCCUCUACCAGAUUAUGCGAGGUCUGAAGUACGUGCAUUCGGCCGGCGUUGUCCACCGCGAUCUCAAACCCAGCAAUAUCCUCGUCAACGAAAACUGUGAUCUCAAGAUUUGCGACUUUGGUCUUGCACGAAUCCAGGACCCUCAGAUGACUGGUUAUGUCUCCACACGAUACUACCGAGCCCCCGAAAUCAUGCUCACCUGGCAAAAAUACGACGUCGAGGUUGAUAUUUGGAGUGCUGGUUGCAUCUUUGCUGAGAUGCUUGAAGGCAAACCUUUGUUCCCCGGAAAAGAUCACGUCAACCAAUUCUCUAUCAUCACUGAGCUACUUGGUACCCCUCCUGAUGAUGUUAUCAACACUAUCGCCAGCGAGAACACACUGCGGUUCGUGAAGUCGCUGCCCAAACGCGAGCGACAGCCUCUUCGUAAUAAGUUCAAGAAUGCCGACGAUUCGGCUAUUGAUCUGCUGGAGCGCAUGCUUGUCUUCGACCCUAAGAAGCGAAUAACUGCCACAGAGGCCCUCUCUCACGACUAUCUCUCUCCCUACCACGAUCCCACAGACGAGCCUGUGGCGGAGGAGAAGUUUGACUGGAGCUUCAACGACGCCGAUCUGCCCGUUGAUACAUGGAAGAUCAUGAUGUACUCGGAAAUUCUCGAUUAUCAUAACGUGGAAGCUGGAGUUACCAACAUGGAGGAGCCAUUCAACGGACAAUAA